AUGGGGAUGGGAGAAACAGGAGAGAAAAGCAAGCAAACGAAUAAUUCUCCAAGGAGAGCUGGUACCUCAUUAGAUGGCUCCUAUAGCGCUUAUCCCUUUACUAAUAAAGAAUUAACAUCCAUGCCUCAGCCCACCUGCACCCAGGCGCUCAUUAAAACAGCAUGUUGUUUCACACUGCCCCGUGUUGUCUAUUGGCAGGCUUUCAGGGUUCAAACCGAUAAAAGAACCUUACAUCUGGAGCCAAAACCCGGGAAGAGCUCAGGUCUGCGUCCCCCACGGACCUACCCCUCCACCCCAGAGAGCAGGCCACAGCAGCCGGACAAAGGAAGCUCCUCAGCCUCCAGUCGCCUCUCUGUGGAUGCACAUCAGUCACUGGUCUCAACUAAUGGCACAGAUGUGUUUAUCUGUCAAUCCGACCCUCAUCAAAAGCUACAACCGAAGAGGAGAGGCCCCUACACUGUGAUACUCAGCACACCAACUGCAGUGACAGUCCAAGGACUCCCCCACUGGGUCCAUUGCACCAGGGUGAAGCUCACCCCCAAGGGUACUCCUUCCUCCAAAACAUUAACAGUGGGCAACACCCUCAGAGUCCUUGUAUAUAAUAACCUAAACAAAGAAAAACGAUCCUUAAAGUUAACCGCCAGACAAUCCAGACGAUGCUGCUGCUACAAUUACACAAUGGAUACCAACCUGUCUCUCAAGAAUACCCCAAAAAUUAAGUUUUUCUUUUUCCAAGGCCCAGUCCCAAGGCGCAAGGCUACUUGUGCCAGCAGCAUGCGCCAGCAAGAUAGCAGAAGCAGGAAGAAAGCCGGCGGGAAGACACCUACCCCUGAAGAUCGAGAAAGAGGCCAUCUGCGUACAAUGUAG